CCUUGAGCUGUCGCGAUACUUUCAUCAGCCGGUUUCUCUAUUUAUCACCGCACCGGAAGGAACAGUGAAAGCCCAUCGCCCAAAGGUUUUCUUUUUGUCCGAACCAGCGAGAGAACGAGAGAACGAGAGAGCGAGAGAGGGGAAGGAGAAGAUGUCGUGGCAGGCGUACGUCGACGAUCAUUUGUUGUGCGAUAUCGACGGCCAGCAUCUGACGGCCGCCGCCAUCAUCGGCCAUGACGGCAACGUUUGGGCUCAGAGCGAAAAUUUCCCGCAGUACAAGCCUGAAGAAAUUAAUGGCAUUAUGACUGACUUCAAUGAACCUGGACAUCUUGCACCAACUGGUUUAUACCUUGGCAACACUAAAUAUAUGGUUAUUCAAGGUGAACCUGGGGCAGUUAUUCGUGGGAAGAAGGGAUCUGGAGGCAUUACCAUAAAGAAAACAAACCUGGCUUUGAUCAUAGGCAUUUAUGAUGAGCCAAUGGCUCCUGGACAGUGCAAUAUGGUCGUUGAGAGGCUCGGCGACUAUCUCAUCGAACAAAAUUUUUAAAUUUGCGUUGCAUCACAUCUUUUCACAGUUGUAUCUCUUGAGAUUUUAUUUCUUCCACAUGUGCUUGCUGCAUCUACACCAAUGAAUAAUGGACCCCAAAUCAUUUUGGUUUUAUGGGGAACUUGUGCUGAAUCAUGUUCCCCCAUUUAAGAGUCAAAAUAACUGGUUUUCUCGCUACCUUUGUUUAUAUUUGAUGGCUUCUGCAACUUGUUGAAUGGCGUGUCAAUGGACGUGUGAUUUUUCAUUUGAUAUUUUCUAGGAAUUGUUGUCAGUGAUGUCGUGUAAUAAUUGCUGCAUUUUUCACUUUUUUUUGGCUAUUAUUGGUGCUUUAUUAUUAUA